GGUGAAAUGGCUUCCAAAGCUACUCUUCUACUUUUUCUCAACCUUCUCUUCUUCACUGUGGUUAGCUCCACAUAUGUCCCAUGUCCACCACCCCCCAAAGGUCACAAACACCCACCUGUCCCAUGGCCACCUUCUUCAAAGCAACCAAGUUGCCCCAAAGACACCCUUAAGUUCGGAGUGUGUGUUGAUCUGCUAGGUUUGGUGAACGUGCAGCUUGGGAAGCCACCAAAGACACCAUGCUGCUCCCUCAUUGAGGGUCUUGCUGAUCUUGAAGCUGCUGUGUGCCUUUGCACCGCUCUCAAAGCUAACUUGCUGGGCCUUAACCUCAACGUUCCAAUCAGCUUGACCUUGCUACUCAAUUACUGUGGAAAGGGAAUCCCCGAGGGAUUCGUGUGCGCUUAA